ACGUUGCGGGGGUGGGGCUGCUGCAGCUCUUUUGAACUGUGAUAAGUAAUCAGACUGUGUUACUGCACUGCAUGUUGCAGCAAUGGCUACAAUGGAGCAGCCCCCAGGAGCUAGUGGUAGUGGGAGCUUACCACUUCUCUCUCCUACCAUUCAAGCCACACAGCUGCUCACUCCAAGACAAAUGGAUAGAUUCACUAUUGAUCAAUCACACUAUCAUGAUCACUUGCGGAAUUCUAUUGCAACCACACAACCAUCAGAGAAGAAUGCUGUCCAGAGAAGAGUGACGAGAAUGGGAGACAACUACUUCUUUCUACAGAAGGACCUACCAGUGGAACAGUCUUAUGCACGAACAGCUCUUCAGUUGUGUCCAGUUCGACCUUGGGAUCAAAUAUUGGAAAGGCCACUCAAGUCUGCAAAUGUAGUACAAAAAGAAAUCCACUUGCCUUUCCCUCAAGAGCAUCCCUAUACUUCUCACAUUUCAAGAUUUACCAUAUUUCCGGACACAGCUAGCAACAAUAUGGUGAAUGCUCAAACACAGACGGGAAAUCCACCAUUGAUCUACGAGGUGUCACACAAGGCCGGGGACUCGGAUCGAAGAGUUGAGUGUAGACACCUCAGAACUCCAGGAGAUUUGAACUUGACAUCAGGAGCAGGAACGAUGCUUUGGGACUUGCCAAGAUCACAAAGGCACAAGAGAGCCUACACCUACCCUGCUCCCAGCCAACAGUACAGCAGGCCACUAACUGCUCCGCAAUACCUUCCAUUGCCCUCUACCAUCAAGCCCUCAUUGGCCAACCAAUACAACACACCAGCCUCACAGAUGGCGUUGAGGAGAAUCCACCAAGUACUUACUCGCACAACCACAUACUCUGAGCAAUUCUCCCCUCCAAACACACCCACAGGCUUGCCAAACAUUCUUAAGACAGCAUACACCUUUCGAUCACGAGAUAGCCAUCGACCUUGGACGGCUGAGAGCAGAGGAAAGUACAACAGAGUAUCAGUCUCUGCACAAGAAAGCAGUCUUGGUACAUCGAGGUUACAAACAGCAACUGAUGACAGUUCAAGCAAUCAAGAGGUUGAGAAUAAUGAGUCCACUUCAUUAGACGUGGAGAUUGAACAAGAUACAAAAGAGAAAAAACCAAUUAUGGCUGAUGCAUGCACACAGACUGAGGAGGGAAGAACCGAAUUCCCCUCACUAUUCACUGAUCACCAAGUACGUGAUCGAAAUGAAUCAGUUAGGACUACUGUUGAUCCUGGACUAAACAUUUCUCAGCGAUCAAACUUGAACACACCACGAACUGCACAAUCCACUCAAAGACUCAUGAGCUUGUUUAAUGGCUUCAACAAAACAGAUAUUUGCAAACGAUUCCACGAAGAGUUUCCUGAAAAGGCUCCAGAUUUGAGAGAGUACGGUCUCCAAAAUGGGAAGAGACAUACUAUACAUGGUAGCCAUGCUUAUUACUUUCAUUAGCAUGAUGUUUUUAUUGCAUAAAAUAUCACACAUGAACAUGUAUUUGCUGUUAAUAUGUACAAAGUAAACUGAAUGACGUCACGAAUAAAAUGAAA